AUGUCAGAGCAACACCAGUCGGGCGAUGAGCUGGACGACUUCAAGGAGCAGGAUCGCUUUUUGCCGAUCGCGAACGUCGCCCGUAUCAUGAAGAAGGCCCUACCUGACAAUGCUAAAAUCGCAAAGGAGGCCAAGGAGACAGUUCAGGAAUGCGUCUCAGAGUUCAUUUCCUUUAUCACAAGUGAAGCAAGCGAUCGAUGCCAGCUCGAGAAGCGCAAAACGAUCAAUGGUGAGGAUAUCCUUUGGGCAAUGCAGUCUCUCGGUUUCGAAAACUAUGCAGAGGCGCUUAAGAUCUACUUGGCAAAGUACAGAGAGGUAUGA